AUGCCGUUGGGAAUACUUGACGACAACAAGCUUGAACAUGUUCCUGGAACAGCGCCCCUAAGCGACCUGGGUCGCUUGGACCUUGAGGUGGCUGGCAUAGAUCGUGGCCUACUCAAGCACGAUAAGACCGGGAAAAUCGUCCUCGUACCUCAACCCUCUGAUUCACCAAAUGAUCCAUACAACUGGCCAAGAUGGAAGAAAGAGAUGUUCACGCUCGUCAUUGCCUAUGGAUGCGGUUGUGUAGGAGCUAUCGGACCUCUUUUGACACCCGCCUUUGUGCCGCUUGCUACUCAAUUCGGUGUACCUCUCCAGCGAUUCACAUUGGGCUGUAACGGGUCCUGUAUCGUCGCCAUCGCCGUAGGCAGUCUCCUCUGCAACACGCUCGCCGUGAAAUUCGGGAAACGGCCAGUGUACAUUGUGACCACCCUUGGACUUGCCGUUUCAUCCUUUUGGGCUGCAGAGGCGAAGAGUUUCGGUUCGCUGGCAGGUGCGAGAGCUGUUCAGGGCUUUUGCAUGGCUCCUUUCGAGGCCUUGAUCCCGGCAUCGGUCUCAGAUAUCUGGCAUGUUCAUGAACGUGGUUUCAGGAUGGCGAUUUUUAACCUCGGUGUGCUCGGCGGCAUCAACCUGGCAGGCCCUAUCGCCGGUUCAGUCAUCGAGAAAGGAUCCUUUCGUAUUGCUAUGCAUGCGAUGGGUGGCGCAAUGGUUCUCAUGUUGCUCCUCGUCAUUUUCUUUAUGCCCGAGUCAGCUUUUGUACGACAUGACGCCAUCAACAUCGACACAAGCGACAAGACGCUGGAUAUAGACGAGCCGGAGAAAGAGAAGGCGGUGCAAAUCGAAAAUCGCCCGACUGUUACGACCACUUCGUCUGAGCCGCAGAUCUCAUACGUACAAGAGCUCAAGCCCUGGAGUGGUUACUUCGAUCAUGUGUCGUUUUGGAGGACUCUCAUCCGGCCAUUCUUCCUCAUUUUGUCGCCGAUAGUCAUGUGGGCGACGCUUCUGUUCACCAUCUGCAUCUCCUGGCUCGUCUUGAUCUCCAUCACGCUUUCGCAAAUUUUCUCAGCACCACCCUACAACUUCUCCGUUAGCUCAGUAGGUGCGACAAAUGUAUCGUCGUUUGUCGCGUCCGUAAUCGCAACUCUAGUUGCUGGUUACGUUGUUGACGGCGUCGCUACGUGGAUGUCGAAGCGCAAUAAUGGAGUCUUUGAACCGGAAUUCCGCUUACCCGUAAUGAUCACCUACCUGAUUUUCACGGCGACUGGCUUCUUCGCCUGGGGCGAGUCCUUGUACAAGCAAGACCCGUGGCCGAUACCUGUCAUCGUCUGUAUGGGCUUGAUCAACCUCGGCGUCCAACUAGGAACUACCUCCGUCGUGACAUAUGUCAGCGACUGCCAUCGUGAGCAGUCUGCAGAGGCCUUUGCCAUCAUGAAUUUCAUCAAAAACAUGUUUGCGUUCGGCCUCACCUUCUACGCCAACGAUUGGAUUGCCGUACAGGGCGUUAGAGAUUGCUUCUUCGUCAUCGGAGGCACGACAGUUGCUGUGACAGUCACGACUAUUCCUAUGUACAUUUGGGGCAAGAGGGCGCGAAGUUGGGUAUUCAGGUAUCGUGUGCUUGACAGGGUCUUGAAGCAGAAGUGA